UAUCCACUGUGUUAUGUUUUCCGAGAAGACACUGAAGGUUACGUUUCUUCAGCUACGGUGUCAGAGAGCCAGAAUGGAGUAUUGUUCACCCAACUACUGCCUGUGCUGCCAAGACCAGGACCUGGACCACAAAACUUCCUCUGUGUCGUGACGACCUGGAAAGAGAACAGACAUCACUUGAACACAGGAGUGAAAUCUCGAAGACAUGAUUUUGUCAAGAAUGUGCCUCACAUGUUUGCAGCUAGAUAUGGAAACCCUGGCAAGGGACUGAACGUUUAUAAAGGACGGUCCAGUGUAUCCUAUGCUAAAGGAGACAAGAAAGGAAGCAUUGAAGCAAAGGGUGCAGAAGGAGCUGAGGAGAAUGGUCAAGGAGGCUAAAACCUGCUACAAGAAGAAGAUGGAGGAUCAGCUGCAGCAGAACGAUAUCAGUGGAGACUGGAGAGGAGUCAAAACCCCUCUGGGGUACAGGGAAUCCAGUAGACCGGACAGUGGCGGUGGCCUAAAGUGGGCAAAAAAUAACAAGAGUGACGAAGCAAACCAAAACCAAGGCACGUAUCACUGAAACUUAAAAGUGAAAUUUCUCCUGUAAAACUGCAGCAGUGCCUCUACUGACCGGGCCCCUCUGUCAAAACAGAGUGGGCUUGCAUCACCACCACCUGGAUCCUGGACUACCUCACAAACAGACCACAGUAUGUGCAGUUAAAAUACUGUGUGUCUGUACACACAGUUCUCUGCAGCAUACAGGCUCCACAUGGGACAGUCUUGGCCCACUUCCUGUUUAUCCUCUACACUGCUAAACAAACUGUCAUAUGCAGAAGUUUUCCGACGACUACGCUGUUGUUGGCUACAUCACUGAUGGAGCUGAUGAGGACUUUGUGGGCCAGUGCAGCAGCAUCCCAACGGCAGACAGAAAGAACCUAGAUAAAAAGGUCAAACGGGCAGGCUCUGUCCUGGGAUGACCCCUGGAUACCGUGGAGGUGAUGGCAGAUGUUGGCCAAGCUUUCAUCCUUAAGGGAAAACAUUCCCCACACCCAGUUUGAGACUGACUGAACUGGGCAGCUCCGUCAGUGACUGUCUGCUCCACCCACAGUGUUCAAAGGAAUGAAAUGGUCGGCGGGCCGGACAUUAGAUAUGUCUAACUUCCCACAGUGCAACGGUAAAAGAGGUCGAGCGUACCUGGCCUGGGUGUCAGACGUUGUUUCCAAACUUAGAAAUGAGAGAAUACCCUUAAAGAAACCAGCUGGUGCCACAGUCAGAAUAGGAGACCUGGAGGACACCAUUUACAGAGACAGAGGGGAUGAGGUGAACGGGUGGGGAAAAUUCUACCUUCCAGAGACAGUAAACAUGCAAGUUGUAGGUGUAGUGGAGGGAACGUCAUGCCCGUGUGACGAGCUUGUUCUGAUGACCUGUGAGGACAGAAAGCUGUACGCCUAUGAUGGAGAGGAGCUGCAUGUGGUGGCUUCAAGCCUGGACCAGUUACAUGAUGAGGAAAUUGAGUAUCCCUCACCCAAGAGCUAUUACAAUGGAGAGGCCUUCAAAGAUAUGACCAAGGAGGACUGGGCCAAAGUGAGGAGGGGCCCUGUGGGAAGGAGGUUGGACCAAGAGCAUCAAAAACUGGUGCAAGCAAGAAAGUCCAGAUUCCUGAAGAAUCUCAAAGUUACCAAACAAAGGGCAGGAGUCAUCAGAUGACAAACUGCUGCAAUGGAAGUGACCAACAGACACUGAGGCUGCUGUGUUACACGUCACACCUCAGAUUCGGCUGUAUAAAAUAACAGACCGGAAGAGGUGUCGUGUGGUUCUGUGUAAAUAAGCAAAGGCGGCAGAGGUCCUGUUCAGGACAGACAGGUGCAUUUUUCUCGAUGGCAGCGACCAGGAGUAGAUGUUUUUCUUUUAAAGACCUUGUUUACAUAGCCAGUGGGUCCUAUUGUUUACCCUGAUAAUAAUAAAUAAUAAAUGUAGGUCCAGCCAUUUGACCAUAAACUUGCACAACCUGCAAACUUUCCUCAAAACUAACUCUUUGUUUUUGUUCUGAGACGGUGCUGCAACAAUCUUACCUGAUGAUGACCCUAUUGUUGUGUCCCCAUCAAAUAAACUAAACUAAACUCUAAUGUGUGUAAUAUGUGUAAAAACUAUAAAUAAAACCAAAUUGAUAAAACUACUAAUCAUUGAUCAUAUACAUUUUUACUACUAUUUGUAACCUAGAUUAAAAUGCUGUGGUCUUUUAUUAAUAAAAAGUGAACCAAUGUAUCUGUUUAAAUAUGAUUCAUCCAAUGAUGAUGAUUAUUCAUCUUAAAUCAGCUUUACUUUUUUAGCUGUGCAAAAAAUCAAGUCUACACCAUAGAGAAUUAAAUAGAGCCUCCAUCAGCUAGGUACUUUUUUGCGUGUUGUUAAAUGCAGAUGAAUGAAAGAGAAUCUUUAUUAGUUUUAUUUAUUGACCAUUUUAAAACAUCUACAUGCAAUAUUUAUUGCAUUGCAGUGAAAUAUAUUUGUAUUUUGUGACACUCUCUCAUUAUAACUAUAAGAUUCAGUAAAAGUUAUUUUACUCCUAA